AGCAUUGUCCAGUUUAUAUGGAGCUCUGAUCCUUGUUCCAGGAGAAUGAGUCCAAGUACUUGCUGGCUUUGCAAGAUAUUCAGAGGAGAAGCAAAUGGGAUCAGUUCUAAAUUGUCAUUGGAGGAAGUGCUAGAAUGGUCCCAGUCUUUUGAAAAGCUGAUUACAAGUAAAUAUGGGCCUAUGAUCUACAAGAUGUACUUGAAGACAGAGCACAGUGAUGAAAACAUAGACUUCUGGCUUGCUUGUGAAGCUUAUAAGAAGAUCACGUCACAGAGGAAAAGAACUUCCACGGCCAGGAAACUUUUCAAAAGUUACAUUCAACCCCAGGCUCCCAAGGAGGUUAACAUUGACAGUCCUGUGAGGAGAGUGAUUGUAAGGAACAUGAAAGAGCCAACAGAGACCUGUUUUGAUGAAGCACAGAAAAUAAUCUAUAUGCACAUGGAAAGAGAUUCUUAUCCUCGAUUUCUUGAGUCAAAGUUCUAUCAAAAACUCAAACACAGCCUUCAAAAUAACGACAACAAUUCAACAGAAAAUGAAAGAGGCUGA